AAGUGAGUGAUAACACAAAAAUUAUUAUCUUUCUCUGCGUUGCAUUUUCAGCGAUUAUAACCAACGCACUUAAGUAUGACGCUGCUCAAAGGUUUGAUUUUACUGGGCCUCCUGGUCGUCGCCUUUGGGCGCGAAGUAAAUUCACGCGUGAAGCCCGGUGAAUCAAGAGUGGUGGGCGGCACAGAGGCGGCUGAGGGAGAAAUUCCGUGGCAGGUGGCGAUUGAAACCUACGACGGCAUCCACUAUUGCGGCGGAUCCAUCAUCAGCGAGCGAUACUUUGUCAGUGCCGGGCACUGUUAUGAUUUUCCACCAACCUACUUCAGGGUGGUGGCGGGAAGCCUGAAAAUCGCGCAACCUGGAUCCCUUCACAACGUCACCAGGAUCAUCCGCCACAAGGAUUUCAACAACUUUGACCUGCAGAAUGAUAUUUCUCUCUGGGAGGUUGACCCUCCGUUCGUGUGGAGUGACCUGAUUUCUCCAAUCGCCCUUCCAGCCAACGGCACUGAGACGCCGACGGGGCUGAUGCUGACCACCUCUGGAUGGGGCAAAACCUAUACCGACCCAUACCCUGAGAUCCUGCAAAAGGUCGACGUUCCCGUUGUUGACGUGGACUACUGCGUGGACGUGUGGUGGGAUGUGCAGGACGUCUACCCCUACCAGAUUUGCGCUGGUGAUUAUGGAAAGGACUCUUGCAAUGGUGACUCUGGUGGCCCGUUAUACAAGGACGGCGUGCUGUACGGAAUCGUGUCAUGGGGCUCGCCAUCGUGCGGCGAAGCGGACCUUCCAGGCGUUUACACCAGGGUGUCCUCCUUCCGCGACUGGAUUUUUGAGCAAAUCGGCGUUUCGAAAAUGUCCGUUCUCUUGGCUCUCAUGCUCGUCGCCUCGUGCUGCACAGGCAACUCGGCUGCGAGGGUGUUCGACCCCUACUUUCGGCAGAUGAGCACGGGCAGCAAGAUCAUUGGAGGCACAACAGCGCUCGAAGGCGAAAUUCCAUGGCAGGCGUCCAUCCAGUUCGCAUUUAACGGGCAGCACAUUUGCGGCGCAUCUAUCCUGAAUAAGAACCACAUCAUCACCGCCGGGCACUGCUCUGAAUUUUUUCCUGAGGAUUACAGAGUGCUCGUCGGCACGGUGGACCUAAGCGUCCAGGGUACUUACCACGAUGUGGUCAUCAUCAAAACACAUCCUGGAUACAAUUAUUUCACAUUGGAAAAUGACAUUUCUGUUUGGGAGGUGGAUCCCCCUUUUGAGUGGAGCAACAAAGUUCAACCUGUGCGGAUAGCAGAGGCAAACAGCGAGGUUCAGGAUGACUGGACCAUGACCGUAUCAGGAUGGGGAUACACUGACUUCAUCUGGGAAACUCUACCGAUACGGCUGCAGAAGGUGGAAGUGCCCAUCGUUAGCAAAAACGAAUGCAACCAAAUCUAUGAAUAUUUGGGUGGCAUAUUUGAGCAUAAUCUGUGCGCCGGCCAGGAUGGGAAGGAUUCGUGCGUUGGUGACUCAGGUGGUCCGCUCUUCAAGGACAAGGUACUAUACGGACUUGUAUCGUGGGGGCCAAACUUUGGGUGCGGACUGGCUGAAUUUCCUGGCGUUUACACUGAGGUCGCCGGCUAUAACAAGUGGAUUAGAAGCGCGCUCAACGUAACCACUUCGUGCGAAGCUCGCUGAUCUUUUUGAUGAAAAUAGUAAUUCCAUUUAGCUAAUAAUAAACAGAAACUUAAUUUAUUUCCCAA